AUGUCCCGCCGCCUCGCGACAGCCUCAAAGCUUCUCGUCCCAGCAGCUCUCUCACCAGAGACAUUCGGCUCAACGAUAGAGUUGGACCUCUGCCACCACUUCCGAACAUACACAGUAUCAGAACUCGCGAGUUCUCUCAACGCGAUGAGUUUCUGGCACGCAUAUGCGUUGCCACUCAGCCAGACUUCAAAACCCGUCAAGGCUGCUAUUGGGGCGUUGGGAGGGGCGCACAAGGCGUUCAAGCUUCAGACCCAGACGGAUUCGUUAACGCAAUCGCUUGCUCAAUCUUACGAAAUCGCAUCUAUUCAGCAGUACAACAAUGCUAUUCGGGUGAUGCAAGAGUAUAUGAACUCGCCUGAUAAGGACUUUCAGGUUAUUCUAACAUGUUGUUUAAUAUUUAUCUGCACAGAGAGUCUUUACGGGCGUUACAAGAACGUCACGCGGCACUUGGAAGCUGCAUUUUCACUGCUGAACUCGUGCGAUCGAUGGGGUCUAGCGAAGUUUAUGGAAAACAUUGGCCCUUCGUUAUGCGGCCUGGCCUCUGAUCUAUUCUUCUACGUGGGGGACAACCAUUCCCCCAAGCUUGUCGCGGAGAUUACGGAAUGGGCUGAUAAGCAGGAUCCGAUUGAUCUAGAAGUACCGGGGGAACCUUUUAUUUCUGCACAAGCUGCAGCUGCGGCACUGACACACGUCGAGACGCUUUGCGAUGUAGAACUGUACGCCGAAUGCCCAGAUUGCACAGAUGGGAAGCUAUGCGGCGAUGGUGGGGUUUCAUGCGCACAACGAGAUAAAGAGUUAGUCUCAGAAGCAUUCUACCAUCACUGGAGCGCACGAUAUCAAGCUUUCAGAAAGACAUUUGAUCCAUCCAAGGCCUCAGAGUCAGAGCUGUUUCGGUUCAAAGUACUCGAGUGCGAAGAGACGACAUGGCAGGCGACUUUCAAGCUCAACCACAUCGACGACGACCUCGAAACAGCGGAUUGUAUCGAGAUACUGAAGAAGGCGGAAGAGGUCAUCAAGAUGACGCAAAGCGACAAGGGUCAGAUCUUUACAUUCCAGGCGAAUCUGGUCCCACCAAUAUCCUACGUUAUAAUAUCAUGCCAGGACACGAGCGUGCAAUGGGAGGCGGUGAGGCUUCUAAGGUGUUUGGGGAGACGGGAGGGCGUUUGGGAUAGUAGGAGGAUGGCGGAUAUUUACACGAAUAUGAUUAACGCAAAAGCACAGAAGUUGCUGACGUGGGAGGAAAUUCCGGCUGAUGUGCCACAGCUGACUGAGCUCCUUGGGUCGCUGAAGAUGUGA